UAUGAUAUAUUUCCUUAAGAAUUAAGAUGCCUUUGAAGAAAUCAAUUUUCUCAUCCAUGCAUGUAGUUGAAUCACAUUUUCAUCACGUUUUAAACAUUCCACUGCCAAACCAUUUUCUUCUCCUCAAUUUGAUUUAGGUUUGACCAGAUUAGGAGGUUCUUUUGUUCAUUGAAUUGUUUAGUGUUAAAAAGUGGGUGGGUUGCUUAAAAUUUUGUUACUUUUUACAACUCCACCAGUUAAGUUCUUGGGUUGAUGAUACCUUGCUUAGGGUUGUACAUUGCCAUAUCUUUUUUUUAGGUAUGGGGCAUUUGAUGUCCAUAACUUCUUUAGAUGCCUGACCAUGUGGAUCCUGUGGAUAAUAUAUUAAAAUUCUCUCGGAGACAUGCAAUUUUUGGUGGAAUACUAGAUUAUUUGAGGCGUUUUUCUUACGUGGUCAGUUCAGCAUUUGGUCAGUCAAUUGAAUUACUAAGUCCGACUCAUAAUAGUUCUUUUGAAGCAAUGGAUUCAGUCGGUCCUAUAGAUAUCAGCUCGACGGACAGCGAUUCGGAUUUAAGGGAAAUAGAUAAUUAUAGAGACGAAUCUCCGGAGAGGGACACACUCUCUUCUAUGAAUUCCAGGAUUCUUCCAUCUUGGGCAUCUUCAACUCAUUCUACAGGUCAAACUGGCCUUUCUCGCAAAGACCCUUCUUCUUCCAAGAGACCAAAUGUUAAUAACGGAAUUUCACCAAGACCCCAUAAGCGAUUGAAUAUUGCGGAGACUGCUGGAGUUUCAAAUACCAGGACGGAUGAAAAUGUUUAUAAGAAAACUAGUUCAAAUGGUUCUGGUAGAUAUGUUACAACUCAUGAAAUGCAUUCUUCUCAUCAACCAUUGAAGAGGGCCCUCCCUCCAUCACUCCAGCCUUCUACCUCUAAUUUCCGACCGAACAACCUGCUCGAAAAUGUUGGUCCAAGUGAAAUUCGUGAUCCAUAUGGAAAAUCUCACGAAUCCUCAGCAUGGUCAAAUUCUUCUAAUGGAAACAACUCGAUGAAAGAAAAUUUUAUCUCGGGCAGUGGGAAUGAUUCGUCAUUGUAUGAAAAAAGAGGAAAUAGACUACUGCCUCCUUCUAUGAUGCCUGGAAAACAUUCUUCAUCCACUCCAUAUAGUGGUUCAAACGAUUCCUUCCAUCAUACAGGGGUAGGUGAAGAAAGGCCUGCAGGAGCUGAUGAGAGAUUUGUUUUUCAAGCAGCUGUUCAGGAUCUUCAUCAACCCAAGGUCGAAGCUCGAUUACCUGAAGGUCUCUUGUCAGUUUCUCUUCUUAGACACCAGAAAAUUGCUUUGGCAUGGAUGCUCAAUAAGGAAUCAUCUGGUUUAUGUUUGGGGGGGAUUCUGGCUGAUGACCAGGGCCUUGGUAAGACUGUAUCAAUGAUUGCCCUCAUGCAGAUGCAAAAGGUUUUGGAGGCAAAAUCUAAACCUAAAGACUCGCCUAAUACAGUAAUUGAGGCCUUGAACUUGGAUGAUGAUGAUGGAAGUAGUGGUUGUGUUGCAGUUGGUGAUGCAAACCAGCAGAUUAAAGAAUCUGAUGAUUUUGCAAUUAAUACAAUUAAGGAUUUCCGAAGCAGGAGGCCCACAGCGGGUACGUUGAUUGUUUGCCCAGCUAGUGUUCUUCGACAGUGGGCUAGGGAGCUCGAUGAGAAAGUAACAAAAGAAGCUAGAAUUUCUACUCUAAUUUAUCAUGGAGGCAGCCGUACUAAGGAUGCUGCUAAAUUGGCAAGAUAUGAUGCAGUUUUAACGACAUAUGCUAUUGUGGCAAAUGAAGUUCCAAAGCAACCCUUGGUUGACGAGGAUGGUACUGAACAGAAAGAUGGAGACCAAUUUGGAUUAUCUUCUGCAUUUUCCAUGGAGAAGAAACGGAAAAAGUCAUCAGUUAAUAACAAGUCCAAGAAGGGUAAAAAAGAAAUUGACAUGUCUGCUUUUGAUAGUAAUUGUGGUACGCUGGCAAGGGUGAAAUGGUCAAGGGUUAUUCUGGAUGAAUCUCAAACAAUAAAGAAUCACAGAACACAAGUGGCUAGAGCCUGUUGCAGCCUUAGAGCAAAACGAAGAUGGUGCUUAUCUGGAACACCGAUACAAAAUUCUAUAGAUGAAUUAUUCAGCUACUUCAGAUUUUUGAGGUAUGAUCCAUAUGAUAAGUACAAAACAUUUGGCUCCUCAAUCAAGGCCCUAAUCUCGAGAGACUCGGUGAAAGGUUAUAAGAAGCUCCAAGUUGUCUUGAGGAAUAUCAUGUUGCGUCGAACAAAAGGUACACUGCUUGACGGUGAGCCUAUAAUCAACCUGCCUCCCAAAAGAGUACAUUUGACAAGGGUGGAGUUCUCUUUAGAAGAACGAGCUUUCUAUAGUAAACUUGAAGCAGAUUCACGCAAGCAAUUCAAGGCUUAUGCUGCUGCUGGUACAGUUAAUCAAAAUUAUGCAAAUAUUCUGUUGAUGCUUCUGCGUCUUCGGCAAGCUUGUGACCACCCGUUACUUGUCAAAGGGCUCAGCUCGGACCCUGUUGGAAAAGUUUCCUCUCAGAUGGCCCAAAUGCUCCCCAGGGAACUCCUUGUCAAUUUAUUAAAGCAAUUGGAAACUUCAUUGGCAAUAUGUCUUGUAUGCAGAGAUCCUCCAGAAAAUGCAGUCGUCACAAUGUGCGGACACGUUUUCUGUUAUCAAUGUGUCGCGGAUCAUUUGACAGGGGAAGACAAUACAUGUCCUGCCCCUGAAUGCAAAGAACAACUUGGUGCCGACGUUGUAUAUUCCAGAUCUACCUUACUGAGAUGCAUGUCUGAUGAUAUUGAUGGUGAUACGGCUGCUCCCUAUGAACUGUCUGAUAAAUCUACAGUCUUACAACGUGACUACAUAUCCUCAAAAAUCAAGUCCGCUCUCGAAAUUAUCAAGACGCAUUGCAUAUCAAAAAGUCUGAGUUCCGAGUCAUGUGAUUUGGUCAAAUAUGAUGGGGAUGCUUCAUCUUCAGCUGGUCCUUGUUUAAAUUCUGAGAAUAAAGAACCUGAAAAGGCUAUUGUUUUUUCACAAUGGACUAGCAUGUUGGACUUGGUGGAGAUGUCACUUAAGAAUUCACGUAUCCGUUACCGGAGGCUUGAUGGUACUAUGUCAAUAGCUGCUCGAGACAAGGCUGUCAAAGAUUUUAACACUGAUCCUGAGGUAGAUGUGAUGUUAAUGUCCCUAAAAGCUGGAAACCUGGGUCUGAAUAUGGUUGCUGCAUGUCGUGUAAUACUUCUGGAUCUAUGGUGGAACCCAACUACGGAAGAUCAAGCUGUUGAUCGAGCUCACAGAAUAGGACAGACACGUCCUGUUACUGUAUCAAGGUUAACCAUCAAGGACACUGUUGAAGAUCGAAUCUUGGCCCUUCAGGAAGACAAGAGGAAAAUGGUGGCAUCUGCUUUUGGUGAAGAUCCAAGUGGUGGCCAUGUCACUCGCCUCACAAUGGAAGAUAUCAGAUUUUUAUUUGAAGGCUCUGAUGCAAGAAGACAUUGAAGAACGCACUUUAAUCUGGGGGGCAAAUUCUCACUUGAUGAAUUUUAUCAACUUAACUGUACUAGUACCUUUUUGUUGCUGGCAAUGGCCAAUUUUCGCCCCUCGUAUUGCAAAAAUGUAACUCUUAAAUGCUCGUACAUAUUUAUUAUUGUAAGUGAAAAUGUAUAUGGAAAUUUUUGUUAGCAGACUGUAACGAUGAUGUUUUAAAGUAGGAGAUAUCCUAGUUUUGAACGUCUUGGCGGAGCUCAAUCUUCACUGUUUU